AGCGCCGCUACCUCCAGAGACGAAGGUGUCUCUUCUGAAAAGAAACGCGAGCCCCGGGGAGGCGGCGCGCAGCGACCCGGGCAGGGCUGGCCGAGCCGAACCGAGGGCGCAGGGCAGGGCUGCGGCGCGGCGGGAGCUCGGCCGCAGAGGACCCGGGCGACCUGCUCCUGCGAGCCGGCUCUGCGCUUCCCUCGCCUUUCACAGAUUUCCCCCCGCCCCCGCGACUACUGCCCCAAAACGGAGCCUUUACACCAAAAGAAGGAGCCGCCGGGGCUGGGGCAGCCAGGACUUGCCCGGGCACCCAAGAUGCGCUCCAUUAGGAAGAGGUGGACGAUCUGCACCAUAAGUCUGCUCCUGAUCUUUUAUAAGACAAAAGAAAUAGCCAGAACUGAGGAGCACCAGGAGACGCAACUCAUCGGAGAUGGUGAAUUGUGUUUGAGUCGAUCUCUUGUCAAUAGUUCUGAUAAAAUCAUUCGGAAGGCCGGCACUUCAAUCUUCCAGCACAACGUAGGGUGGAAAAUUAAUUCCUCUCUGGUCUUGGAGAUAAGGAAGAACAUACUUCGAUUCUUAGACGCAGAGAGAGAUGUCUCGGUGGUGAAGAGCAGCUUCAAGCCUGGCGACGUCAUCCACUACGUGCUGGACAGACGCCGGACACUGAACAUCUCUCACAACCUGCACAGCCUCCUGCCCGAGGUCUCACCCAUGAAAAACCGCAGGUUCAAGACCUGCGCGGUUGUUGGGAACUCGGGCAUUCUUCUCGACAGCGAAUGUGGAAAGGAGAUCGACAGUCACAAUUUUGUAAUAAGGUGUAAUCUUGCUCCUGUGGUAGAGUUUGCUGCGGAUGUGGGAACUAAAUCAGAUUUUAUUACCAUGAAUCCAUCGGUGGUACAAAGAGCCUUUGGAGGCUUCCGAAAUGAGAGUGACAGAGAAAAGUUUGUGCACAGACUUUCGAUGCUGAAUGACAGUGUCCUCUGGAUUCCUGCGUUCAUGGUCAAGGGCGGCGAGAAGCACGUGGAGUGGGUCAACGCGCUGAUCCUGAAGAACAGACUGCAGGUGCGCACCGCUUACCCAUCCCUGAGGCUCAUCCAUGCCGUCAGAGGUUACUGGCUGACAAACAAAGUUCCCAUCAAAAGACCCAGCACAGGCCUCCUUAUGUACACACUUGCCACAAGAUUCUGUGACGAAAUCCACCUGUAUGGAUUCUGGCCAUUCCCGAAGGAUUUGAGUGGAAAAGCUGUUAAAUACCAUUACUACGAUGACUUAAAAUAUAGGUACUUUUCCAACGCAAGUCCUCACAGGAUGCCGUUAGAAUUCAAGACAUUGAAUCUGCUGCAUAACAGGGGGGCUCUGAAACUGACAACAGGGAAGUGCGUGAAGCAAUAAAGCACAUUCUACAACACAGACAUGGAAUAUGCACUUCGUUUUUGAAGCUUGGAAGAGAAGAUCCACACGUGGCUGGGUUUUAAUAUCCACCUUUUAACUGGAAAAUCGAGAAAGGGUGUUCAUGAGAAACCCACUACCAGCUGAUGAAAUGCCUGCAAAGUGCUCUAAACAGUAAAUAUUUUGACUUCAAGGGUCCUAGUAAGUGCCACUUCCACUAAGAAUACAGUCUGAAUGUAUAAUCAGUAGUGUUUACAAGACCCAACAAUGUACUCGUCCUUUGCUAGCAGAGCAAGUGUGUCCGUCUCUGUGGCCAAGCACAUGGGGAGAGGAAGGAACCCCAGGAACACGGCGCAGCCCUUGGGAAGUUACACCAUCCUUAGCAGCAGAAAUCAAGAUGGGAACGGUUUACGCAGUGACAUGUAUAAGAUUAAGCAACUCAAGCAAAUGCCUUCAGUCGGGACUCUGAUUCUGAUCCUGAAUUCUGUGUUUUUAUUUAUGUUUUCAUUUGUUUUCUGGAAUCUCUCUCAGCUUGGGUAUUGGGGUGCUUAGAAAUCUCUUCUGAGAUCAACAGGAAUGAGAAAAAUAAACUUCAAGUAAUCAUUUCUAAAGUUCAUAUAUUUUUAAAAAGCAAUCAUGCAAAGACUUUUUUUUUAAUGUUUUAUUUUGCACAACUCUGAACCUCCAGAUUAUUUACGAAUGGCGUAGAAGGUACCAGCUAAACUGUACUGCUAAGUAAUAUUGAGCUGAAAGAAAAGAAAGAUGAUCCAAGUCAUCUUUGAUGGUAAAAUAAGUAGGAAAACAUGCUCUUUUGGUACCAAAGAUUAUAUACAUGUUUCUACACAACAAGUCAUUUUCCUUUUGUGAAAAUAAUAUAUUAUUAACAUGAAUAUAUUAUUAUUAUGCUAUGAAUGUGGAAGUUGUGUCUAAAUAUUUUAAAAUUUCCCAACUCAAACUUUAUUUUUAUUUGAAGGAAGACUGCUCAUACCUUUUCCAUUUCAUAGUACUUUUGUGGAAGCCUUUUCCCCGUUAGAAUAAAUGUUCGAUUGAUCAAGCUGACACGCGAAUUCCAGUUCUUUGAUAUUCCCCUGGUUAUUCAAUUAGCAAACUGUCUAUAUCAUUGUCAAAUGUCUUCAUGCAGAAGUAACAUAAUUUAUAUGAGAUGUUCAUAACAGAGAUGGUUCACUUUAAGAGGUUUAACAAUGAAGCUGUACCAACAGUUUGCACUUAAAAUGAAUUUAAUUGACCAAUCCUUUUCUGCAGUGAAAUUUUGUCACCAUAUCAUGCAAAUGUCUUUGUAAAAGACCAUGUGAAAUUAUGAAUCAAUUGAUUUUUUUAAUGUAAUUUAUCACAUAAUUGAAAAAUAGGCCUGAUUUCUCGUAACUUAUGCUGUGCUGGUGGGUAGCUCUGAGAUGGUGGGUAGCUCUGAGGGGUAGCUCUGAGAUGGUGGGUAGCUCUGAGCUGGUGGAUAGCUCUGAGAUGGUGGGUAGCUCUGAGAUGGUGGGUAGCUCUGAGCUGGUGGAUAGCUCUGAGAUGGUGGGUAGCUCUGAGCUGGUGGAUAGCUCUGAGAUGGUGGGUAGCUCUGAGAUGGUGGGUAGCUCUGAGCUGGUGGAUAGCUCUGAGAUGGUGGGUAGCUCUGAGCUGGUGGAUAGCUCUGAGAUGGUGGGGUAGCUCUGAGCUGGUGGGUAGCUCUGAGCUGGUGGGGUGCAUCUUUGGAAAGCGGAAGCGCUGUGGUCUCACUUCUGUGUGGGUCUGAAACAGCUUAUGCGACUUCUUCUUUCUUGGGGAAGGCGAUGUGAGGAAAGGAGAAAUAGCCUGGGGAAUAUGUGCAUUUUAUUUCUUAGGGAAAUAGUCUGAGAAAUGAAUAAAAAGUAUGGAGGCUAUACAUAAUAUACGCAUACGUAUGUUACAGAAAAGGAUAUUCACAGUAGCAUAGAUGUCAUUAUUUUCAAUUACAGGUGGUUUGUUUGAGAAAUAUGGUAAAAUACUGGGACACGGAAGAUUAUAUUUUCUGAGAAUUUGUGUGUCUCUAAGACAGAAAAAUCUAAUGCAUAUGGAACAUGGAUAGCUGAAAUGCAUAGAGGAUUGUACUUUUAACGUAGUUUUAUGAUUAAACCUCUUAUCUAUUGAAAAAUUUUAAGAGAAUUAGGAACCAGAUUUUAAUUUGAAGUUGAAAAAUCUGAUAUGCUUAAUGAAUCUAAGGAAGGCAAUUUAUAAAAUCUAAAUUCAGACGUCUUGCAAAUGAUGCUGUUCCAGUAGCUUUACAUUCUAAUUCAAUGGAAAUCUGCAAGUCACAAGUAGAUUUCUUACUUCAAAUCCAGGUCGACACUUGUUCAAAGUGUGGUUUAGCAAAGCAGCAGCAAGGACCCUUGCCAAUUUUUAAUGCGUUUUCAACAAACGCGUUGGAACAAUGUUAAGGCCACAGCAGACCCCCUUGGCCAUCCACUGUCCUGUGUGUGGACGAGGGGCCUGGAGAUACGUUGAGUAGUGCCUUCUGAGCUGUUCACACUGCUUCGUCCCUUGUAAUUUCUGUUCUCAGUACUUUGCCCAGUUCGGAAAAUGUCCUGCAUUUUUUAAAAAAGGGCUUCAGUAUCAACUGAGACUACUUUUGUUCAUCUCAGGGAACUUUCAAUACUCAAGAGUGAAUUCAGUUAAAGGUAUUUUGUGUUUGAGGAGGACAAGCUGUGCAGCCCAUUUCAUUCCCUGCAUAUUCACUUUUUCAUCCGCCAUGCCCUUGACUGUCCACUGUGGCCUUCUUGGAGGGACAGGGCAAGGAGACCAUGGAAGGCUGAGGGCAAGAAGAAGAAAAACUGAUAUUUAACCAAUUAAGUGGCAUGAGGGAUUAGAAUGAAAUCAACUUGUAUGUACAUACUUGAAAUAUCUGGAGUUUCAUUUCUUUUGAAAAUGCCAUAUACUCCCAGAUUUUUAAUUUAUUUUUCAUGAUUUCACCCCAUGCUUGACAAUGCUCAGGCCGCUGGCUGUGAAAUCCUGCCGUCCUUUACAGAAUAGGGUGGUUCUUAUGCUGUUGCCAUGAACAGGCCCUGGAAAUAUUUUUAUCACUAUUACUCAGCCUAUUCUAUAAUUAACAUUAAGUUGCUGAAAUAAAAAGUGAAUCAGUAAUAGAUGUUCUGGGCAAAACUUAUGAUUCUGCCCACAGAACUGGUAAAACUACUGUGGAAGGUUUUCUGGAAGAAGGUGCUGGUCAUUCAACUGUCCUCAUGUCUGGAAUAUCCUAUGAAGUGUAAGUCAGGGCUAGUGGGGAUUUCUGCAUACAUACUCACAGAAGCAAUUUAUUUAAAUACUGCUAAGGGUAGUGUAUAUACCAACUAGUUAUUAAGCUGUUACACAGAGAAAAAAAAAACAGUGAACAAAAUUAUUUAUUUCUAAUUGGGCCAGUUAGUCAUAUGCACACAUGUGACAUCUGGGUCAUAAGAGAGUUGUGUUCAUGUGGGUGUUACAGGGAGUACCUAUAAUUGUGGAAGGAGUAUGGGAAGUGUUACAUGUAGUUAGUUGUUAUCUCUGAAGGUUUGAAAGUUUUCCCAUCUAACAGUAUCAAUAUACCAGUGUUUUCACAAUCGAAACAGUGUUUAUAUUGGAUAACCAGUGUUUUCAUAAUCGAGUGAGGUUAUUGUUUAUAUUGGAUAAAAGAAAAUCUAAAUAAAGCCCACCUAGAAAUAGAUAUUCCAUUACAUACGUGCUAUAGAUAUAUUCACAUAGUACAAGUAGACAUGUGUGAUGCAUAUAUAGAAUGCUAUAUAUGUGAAUCUGUGUUUACACACAAGUCUGUAACAUGGACACUGCAGAUUUCUGUCACGCUGACAUCUUCAGGGUUGGCCCUCUGAUCUGUCCUGGAGAUUAGUAAGACCACUUUUGAAUAAAGAAGUUCUUUUGAGACUUCAGUUACUAAUUUGUUUUAAGAGGGAUCUACUUUAUAACCAAAUUCUAUGUUGUUCAUACCUAGAGUUACCAUAAGGGUCUACUAUGUCUAAAUCUUAUAAAUAAAUAAAAAAGAAAACAAAAAAGAAAAAAAGAAAUAACUUUUUCCAGCUAGCAAUGUAUGUGAAUUGCAGUUUUCAGAUCGUGGCUCCAGGCCUUGCAUCUCUCUUUUAAGUAGCACCUUUUGAUAAAUACUGUUUCUUUGUGUAGGUAAAAGCACAAGUGUUUCAAAUGUAUAUAGCAAGAAAAAAAAAAAAGCGUUUACAGAGCGAGCUGCUGCGGGAGAUGGCCACUGAGUAUGAGGUUUCUUCUCUCGGGUUCAUUCUGUUCAACACUGUUUUCUUAUUGUUUGUGUAUAGCAACUGGGUAUUGCUGUUUUUCAUUUGUAAAACUGUAAAAUAAAUUAAAUCCCUUUUUUUUCA